UACGUCGCAAAAUUGUGUGUGUUUUGCUGGUGUUCUGUUAAAUUCGCUAAUUUUCAUAAUUGUCACUUAGUCGCCUGUGGAAACAAAUUCGACCGGCGUGGUUCCAUCGAUAGUUCUCAUUGUCGACUACGCCGCGUUACCAAACAUAGGUAAUAAUUCGCGUUAAUUUUAGAUCAGUUUUAAUUGUCGGGAAGUGUUUCGGUUGUCGUUUGCUUGACGGUUGCUUUUAUUAAAUUGUCGUGUUCUGUGCGAAAUGGAGCAGGGAAGCCCAAAAAGUCCGAAAAGUCCGACAGGUUAUGAAAAGUUGACGGAGGAGAAACCUCCCAAGUCGCCUAGUAGGCCCUUCAGGUUGAAGUUCCAUCGUAUGUUGAGUACCGGGAGCCUGAAAUUGGGUUCCAGCGGUUCAACCCCUUCUAGUCCGUGCUCGGAAGGAAGCCGUUACAGUUUUGAUUCUGAUAGUAUCGAACAUCUGAAGAGAUCGGGUAAAAAUAAACACGGGGUGCCAAAGAGAAAGAAUACUAUUAAAAGAAAAUUUGCAAUGACUCUGGGACGAAAAAAAUGCCGCAAAACUCAAUAUGUUCCCUUAACUGCUCCAUCAAUACUCAUCACUUUGAUUUCCGAAGAAGAGGGAUGCAGUUCUGCGGAAAACUCGCGACCAAAUUCAUUCACCGUUGCCGAUAAGAAGCUUUUGCAGAAGGAACAGGAGAAGCUGGAGAAAAAAUUAAGGCAAGUGCUUAUUUCCUUUUUAUUAAACAACGUUAACAUGUGGAGCUGUUUGAUAAAUUUUCAUUGA